AUGUACUCGGACACAGCGACAAAACUUUGGGGUUUGGAUAUCAACUCCAUGGGCGGAGAAUAUAUCACCAAGUUUCUGCAGCUUUUGGAACUUGAUCCUCUCCCCAUACUCGAGAAUAUCACCUCCGAUACACUGAAGGACUGGGUAGAGUGGGGCUGGCAAAUGUAUGAGGAUUCCCUCGACACUACGUGGCCAGAUCUGACACCGUUCUAUGAAGCGGGUGGCAAAGUGCUUCAUUAUCAUAGUGAAUAUGAUGGAAGUAUCCCGACAGCUUCCUCAGUGCCUUACUAUGAAUCUUGCCAGUCACGAGACAGUGGUACCGCCUAUUUAUCGUGCCAGGAGCCUUGCACUGGCAUCAUUUCUUGA